CGUGCUUCCCUUUGGAAGGCGGUGCCUGCUGAGACUCGUAGCUGCCGGUGGGACGGGAUUGUUGUUGUUGUUCGUGUACUUUAAAUAUUUAAAAAAGUACAAAUAACUACUCCUCUGAAAUGGGAACCCGAGAUGAUGAAUACGACUACUUGUUCAAAGUUGUACUCAUCGGAGACUCUGGUGUGGGGAAGAGUAACCUGCUGUCCCGCUUCACGAGAAAUGAGUUCAACCUGGAGAGCAAGAGCACCAUCGGGGUGGAGUUCGCCACCCGCAGCAUCCAGGUGGACGGCAAGACGAUAAAGGCUCAAAUUUGGGACACGGCUGGACAGGAACGCUACAGAGCGAUCACCUCAGCGUAUUACCGGGGCGCCGUCGGGGCUCUCCUAGUUUACGACAUCGCCAAGCACCUGACGUACGAGAACGUCGAACGCUGGCUGAAGGAGCUGAGGGACCACGCCGACAACAACAUCGUCAUCAUGCUGGUGGGAAACAAGAGCGACCUCCGCCACCUCAGGGCAGUGCCCACCGACGAGGCUCGAGCCUUCGCAGAAAAGAACACUCUCUCCUUUAUUGAAACUUCCGCCUUGGACUCCACUAAUGUAGAAGAAGCCUUUAAAAACAUUCUCACAGAAAUCUACCGUAUCGUAUCUCAGAAGCAAAUAUCCGACAGAUCUGGAAACGACGAGUCUCCAGGAAACAAUGUAGUGGACAUAAGCCUCCCGCCGACCUCUGACGGCCAGAGAGGCAGCAAACUACCUUGCUGCCAAAGCCUGUGACGCUCCAUAUUUUCUUUUCCUGUUUGACUUUCUCUCAGUCCUUCCUCUCUCCUCACCUCUGGUUUACUUUAACUGUCAUGCUGCUGUCAUCACAGUGCCCUCGUGGGUUCAGAAGUCUCUUGGCACCAAGACUCUCGUCUUUGACAUUCCUUUUUUUUUUUUGCUGGUUUUCUUCUUUGUUGUUUGCUGUUUUUUUUCUUGGUUUGUUUGUCUUUCUCUGAUUUUGAGCCUGUGUGUUUUAAAAAAACAAAACAAAACAAAAAAACUAUAUGACCUCGAGGUUAAUCUUAAAGCUGUAGUAAAGUAGAAUUUCUUCUUUUUUUUAAAUUAGCAAGCCUUUAUGGUUCUUUUGACCCGCUCCUGUCGAAGGAAUGGUGAGGGAUCAUUCGGCUCGUGUAUCACUGCUUCAAGUGGUUUCUACUUGCCCCUUUUCUCAGCUUGCACUGAUACAGAUGUGCUACAGCGGAGUCCCAAUUUCAUGUCUGGUUGACCUGAUUCUGCCUACCAUGCAGUACGGGUGUAAGAAGAGGAGGCACCACUGGAGUAUUGAUGUGUACUCUGUCUGGAGUUUCAAUUUUAAUUUUCCUCUUUGAGCCCUGUGCCCGCUGUGGCAUGAAAUUAGCAUGAGCCCGACACCAGACUGGCUGUGACUGGCUUAAUAUGGGCAAGUGUGAAACAAAUGAAGUGUUUUUAUUUGUGUGUGCAAAUGUGUGUGGGUGUGUGUGUGUGUGUGUGUGUUACUCUUAGUACACAAAGAUACCAAAGGAGACGGAUGCAAUCGUCAAUUUUUAAGUUUUUAGGCACGUUCAAGGCUGCUAAGAUUGCAUUUCAAUGCUGUAUUCGGCAAAAUCAAUCCGGGCUUACUUGCAACAACAACAAAAAAAAAAGUGUAAUGCUAUAAGAGCAAAAGUAAUGUGAUAAAAUGUGCUGUGAUUUAUUAUUUGUAAAGUUAAAUCAAGCCUGGGGUUCAUCUCUUGAGUUGGCUCUUAGCAGGCUGUCUUUUUCUCUUUUAUUUGCACUUAUAUCCAAUGAUUUCAGAAGAACAAAUCACAAAUUAUUUUCUUUAUCGUGUAAAACAAUGCACCAUGUGGUGCUCGAACCGUUUCCUUUCAAUGUCUGCUGUCAUUUCAACACGUUACGUGUUAAACGGAAAUGGAUAAAAGAUGCGCGUAACCUGAAAUUCUUGUCAUUGAACACUUUCACUCGGCCACGUUAACGGUUGUUAGUCUGGAAAGUGGAACUGAAAAUCAAACAUGCAAAUUGUUAAUAUGCUCGGCUGAAGUAUCCUGUUUGUUUGUUUCAGUCGCUUUGUGUGAACAUGCUUUCAUGUGUGACUGAUUUAAAGCAUCAUGUCUCCUGUGAUAUUUCAUGUUUCUUCGACAUGUCAAGGCAGCAAAUAGAAAGAUGUUUUGCUACUUUCGCAUUACACAGAAAAUUCUGAAGCAUAAAUAAACCUAAUCCACAUGACUGUA